AUGCUUUCCAAUAGCAUCCUCACACUCGCGUUCCUACCUCUUUCCCUCGCUCAUUUUCAACUCAAGUUUCCUGCGGCGCGUGGGUUCACCGACGACACUGAGGGCAACUUCCCGUGCGGAGGUUUCAACGAUGUUCAACAACAACGCACCGACUUCCCCAUUGGCGGUGGCCCAAUACAACUGCACAUGGAGCAUCCACAAACGAAUGUUGCUGUGUACAUGGCCAUUGGCGAUAACCCGGGGGAUGGGUUUAGCAUUGUCGCACAACAGCAGCUCCAGGUCUCAGGGCUUGGAGACUUUUGCUUAGGCUCGGUCGCCGUACCGGCAGGAUUGAACGUUUCGGACGGCACCAAGGCCUCAAUACAAGUCGUUACCAACAACCACGAGGCGGGUGGUCUAUACCAGUGCGCGGACGUAACCUUGGUCAACAAUGCCCAGAUCAACUUCAGUGAAGACUGCAAGAACCAAACAGGCAUGAGUGUUACCCAGGAGAACAUUUCUGGAAACCCCAACGGAACAUCAUCAACAGACGCAAGCCCGAGCUCGGCGACCAGUGGAGGUGCAGCAUCAGCCACACCGACCACCGGCGCAGCAACACAAGCGAAGGUUGCCUCCGGCAAGGGUACUCCCCGCAGGAAGGUCAAGAAGGUCCACAGGGCCGCUGGUACCGACGACAAGAAGCUCCAGACCGCGUUGAAGAAGCUCAACGUCCAGCCCAUCCAGGCCAUUGAGGAGGUCAACAUGUUCAAGAGCGACGGAAACGUCAUCCACUUCUCGGCACCUAAGGUCCACGCCUCAGUACCUGCCAACACCUUCGCCAUCUACGGACACGGUGAGGACAAGGAGCUAACAGAGCUCGUCCCCGGCAUCCUCAACCAGCUCGGCCCAGAUUCGCUCGCAUCGCUACGCAAACUUGCCGAGUCCUACCAGAGCAUGCAGAAGGAGAAGGGUGAGGACGGCGAGAAGAAGGACGACGACGACGAGGACGAUGAUGACAUCCCCGAACUUGUCGCUGGUGAGAACUUCGAGUCCAAGGCUGAGGUCGAGUAA